AUGACUACUCCUAUUGCAUGCAUAUGCGGAAGUGUAGCUUUAUCCAUCCAGCUGAACUCUGUUGCCGACCAAUCCAAACUCCAACUAUGUCAUUGCGAUGACUGUCAGAUGGUGACUGGGCAGUUAGCUUCAUCGUAUUAUCUCCUCCAGCAUGAACCACCGGAUCUAGAUGGGCUUCAAGAAUAUCGACAGUCCAACCACGUUAGCCGUUACUUUUGUAAGACAUGUGGUUCCCACGUCUUCGCUCGCAUGCAGCCUGGGGGACAGUUUCUAGUUGCCUCAGGUUUGCUGGCAGCGAAGAACAUCCCCUCGGUCAAAGGGGUUGAGCACUGGCAAAGUAGCAAAACCGGUGACGGUGGCCUCAGUGCACUGCUUCCUGGAACGGAGUCCACCGUCACAGGUUGCAGAUUACAUACUUCAACUAGCAAUGAGAACCCUAAACGAGAAUCGAUAAACCCGGCGGAGUAUACAUCAACAAGCCAGCAUCUGUGGGCACGUUGCCUCUGUGGAGGAGUUGAAUUUUAUAUCACCAAGCCCGAUGCGUCGUCCUUACAAGCAUCCUCGCCAUGGCCAGAUCUCCUGGUUCCAUACUACACUGGGUCUGGGGCGAAUCCUGACGAUAUCAAAUGGUGGUUACGAGAUGGUGGUACGAAAUAUAUUGCAGGAACCUGUGUCUGCAACAGCUGCCGACUAAGCAGUGGAUUUCCCAUCCAGACUUGGGCAUUUGUACCCAAGUCCAACAUCUUUAAUGCAGAUGGAUCACCGCUUACGUUCAAUGCGGGGACUAUGCGGCGGCAUAGAAGUUCACCAGGGGUAUAUAGAGAAUUCUGCAGCUGCUGUGGGGCUACUGCUUUUUGGCAUUGCGAUGAACGACCACUGCUAAUUGAUGUGAGUGUGGGCUUAUUCCAGGCAAAUGGUGCUAGAGCUGAAGACUGGUUGGAAUGGGCAACAAAUCGUAUCAGCUUUGCUGAGAUGGCGGUGCAACAUGAUUUGAUUCAUAUUCUAGAGGAGGGCCUCAAGAUUCAUUCAAAGUGA